UCCCUUUCUCUUUCCCUUUCCCUUUCUCUUUCUCUUCAUAUAGUGAUCCCCCUCAAUCUCUACAGAGCUCUCCUUUCUUAUACUCUCUCUCAAAUAUGAAAGACUCGUAGCGAGAGACAGAGAGUGGUAGAAUCACACAGAAAGUACUAGCCAUGAAGAACACCAUAAGGUGUUGUAUCUCUUGCAUUCUACCAUGCGGAGCACUUGAUGUAAUCAGAAUAGUACACUCUAAUGGUCGUGUAGAAGAGAUCAGUGGAACAGUACGAGCUUGUGAGAUCAUGAAAGCAUAUCCAAAACAUAUCUUGAAAAAGCCAUCUGCACCAUCCGAUGAUGGUGUUGUUCCAAAGAUUGUUAUAGUCCCACCAGAUGCAGAGCUACAACGUGGAAAGAUUUACUUUUUGAUGCCAGCUCCACCAACACAAGAAGCCAAGAGUUCUCGAUCAUCAAGAGGUUCCGGUACGAGAAAGAAAAGAAGAGAGAUGAGCAAUAAUAACAGAAGUGAAAGCAACAACUCGACCCAUCACGGUACCGACUCCAUUUCAAUGACAACAAACCUUCUCAUUUCUGAUCAGUAUUUGAGUGAGAUUCUAUCGGAAAAGAUAUCAACCCAGAGAGAUCGAAGAAGAGGCCGUGUUGGUGUGUGGAGACCCCAUUUAGAAAGCAUAUCAGAGUUACCAUAUGAUGUAUAAAUAAAAGAGUCCGGCUCAUGUCAAGCUAUAUCAAAUUCUUGUUUACUUUUUUCUCCUUCUGAUUCAUUUUAGAGGUUCUUUUAAUUUUCAUUAGGGCUCAUCGGAAACUUUCUUCUCAUUCAAAUUUUAUUUUCUUUCAAUUUUCUUCUUUCUAGUGGAUAUAGAGGCAUAUAGAGAAAAACAAUAAUAAUGCAAAAGCUGGGGAGUCAAGUUUGGAAAUUGUGGAGACAAGAUGAUCAUCCAGAACAUCCGUGGUGGGAUUUUAAUUUGUAUCAUCAUAUAUUUUAAGGCUGUAUGUAGUUGCUCUGAACUUCAUUGAAGUUUGGUCUUCAAGAGCCACAGAGGCAAUUCAUGGAAGCUAUAGUUUUGCUAUCUUGGGAGAUCACAAGCUCUUAAGAGGUGCAAGCAAAUGUUCUGUAAGUUCAAUUUUGCCGUUGUUGAUGGAGAGAGAUCCCACUUCUACUGUGCAUUGUACCAAUCAGAUUCGGAGAAUGAUUGAGAUAUAUAUGAUGAUUAUUACACUACAAUUGGAGUCACUGCCCAUCAUCUUGUUGAAUUGUUCCUGCCUUUCAAUCUUCAAUGAAGGAAAAAGUAAAUGGAGCUCAAAUUGUUCUUCAAAUUAACACCAAGUGUUCUUGUGUGUGACAUGAUGCUUGCAUCAUUCUCAAUAAGUGGGCAUAAAGCAAUAAAUGUAAUAGGAGUAUUAAUUCCUUUUAUUUCUAGAGCAUAAACUAUUGUUAUUCGAGAGAAUACAUAAU